GACAGACGGUUAGUUUUUAAUCAGGAUAGUGCUUUGAGUAUUUCUUUUAUUAAAGUUUGUGAUAAACAAUAAUCAUGUCUGACGCAGCCGUUGAAGCCCCACCAGCCACAGAAGGUGAAACUCCAGCAGAAGCCCCACCAGCCGAGGAAGCACCAGCAGUUGUCGAAAAGAAGGAGCCAGAACAUUUAAAGACAUGGAAAGCAGCUGAGAAACCCGCAUACGAGAAAAUGCCACCAAACACACCCAGAAAGCCAAUGGAUAAGGAGAUUCCAAAAGAUACUGAAUUGAGCAAAGAUCAAUUGAAGAUUCUGAAGGAUGCAUUCAAAAUUUUCGACAGUGACAACAAAGGAGCCAUUCAAUUGGAUGUUGUUAAAAUUAUUUUAGAGCUUUUGACAGGCGAAGAAGUCGACGAGGAUGAAUUAGACGAAGUAAUGGAGGAAUAUGAUGAAGAUGAAUCUGGUGAAAUUGAAUUCGCAGAAUUCGUAAAGCUUGCCUCACAUUUCGUUGAACCUGAAGAAGACUACGAGACAAUGAAGUCUAAGCUUAGAGACUUGUUUGUAUUCUACGAUAGAGAACAGAGAGGUUUCAUUCCAGCUGCUGAAUUCAAGGCAAUCUUGAAAGAAUUAGACCCAGAAAUGCCAGAUACAGAAAUUGACGAGAUGGUCAAGGAGAUUGAUGCUGAUUCGAGUGGAACUAUUGAGUUUGAUGAAUUCAUUGAAGUCAUGUUGGGCGAAGAUGAGGACAAAAAGAAGGAAUAAGUCAUGACUUUAAUUGACUGAACAUCCAAUUUAUACAAUUCUCAACAGGAUU